GUGUCAACACACUGUGCUACACGCAGUCCGUACAUAAUGGCACAGCGAUGGCUACUUGUCACCUGCCUCCACCUCACGUUUGCAUCAGCACAGCAGCCCAAGCCCGCAUCGAUCCCAGCCGUCCAUCGUGCACAACACCCAGUAACAUUGUACCACCUGGCGGCCCCGAUUCCUAUCUCUUCCUGCCCCCGCGUCCCCACCCGCUCCUUCGGCGGUCUUCGCUCUGCAGCCUCUGCUGUUUCCACUCCAUCCAAUCGUCCGUGCUCCAUCCAUGGCCGCACCAGCUCUCCCCCUUGCCAACCACGCCGCGCCCACGGCCACGGCCAGGUACCUCCACCGCAACCACCAGUUGCUGCAGCCCAAGAGGCAGCUCCCGCCCGGCUUCCUCGCCGCUCGGCCUCUCCGGCAGCCGCGCCGGCCGCUCUCCGCCGUGCCGGAAACCAAGGAGGAGGACGCCAAGACGGCCGAGGAGAUCACCGAGAAGUACGGCCUCGAGGUCGGCCUCUGGAAGAUAUUUAGCUCCAAGGAGGAGGAAGGAGGCGAGGAAGGGUUGGAGGGGAAGCCGAGGAAGUCGAGAACGGAGCAGGCCAAGGAGCUCCUGGGCAAGUACGGCGGAGCGUACCUGGCCACCUCGAUCACGCUCUCGCUCAUCUCCUUCACCGCCUGCUACCUCCUCAUCAACGCCGGCGUCGACGUCCAGCAGCUGCUCGGCAAGAUUGGGAUAGCCACGGACGAGACCGGAGGGAAGGUGGGGACAUUCGCGCUGGCCUACGCCGCGCAUAAGGCGGCGUCGCCGAUAAGGUUCCCGCCGACUGUGGCGCUCACGCCGGUGGUGGCCAACUGGAUAGGGAAGAUCACCAAGGGAGGCGACUGACUCCACUGAUGCAGCAGUGAAGCAUAGGCACUUCGAUCGAUGUGCGCUUGCUGGUAGUCUAUGCAUCACGCCCAGCUUAGAUGUUCUAGUAGUGUAAAUGAAAUCUGGCUAAAGUACGAUUUUGCCUACUUGUUUUGUAUGUUUGCUGCUGCUCUUGUAAAACAGGAUAGUAAUCCCAAUGUAUCAGAGACAAACUAGUAUUAGUAACUGGGAAUAUAUCGAAUUUUAGCUAGUAAUGAUAACAA